ACUGUGAGCUACAGUGAGAAAUCAAAAUGUCUAACCCUCAAGCUGAGUCUAACUUUAGACAAUCCCUCGGUGCUUUCAGAUGGUCACAAACGUCACAGUCUGACCAACAACCUACCAGUAUAUGGUCUAGAAUACAAAACACAGUAUCCGAUUACGUGCCGCUGAACUCUGAAGAGCGAACCAAUGAAGAGGAAGCUUACUUUGCUCUAAACAGAUGGGAGAGAUUCCUCGGUUUCAUAAUUUGCUUACUUGGAAGUGCUGCAUGCUUCGUAUUAGCAUUCCUCCUUUUCCUGCCUAUUCUCCCAAUACGGCCGCAUAAGUUCGCAUUGGCGUUUAGUAUGGGAAGCGUAUUAGUUAUGGCAGCCUUUGCGUUACUUGUUGGUCCCUGGAACCACCUCAAACAUCUCCUCAGCAAAGAGAGAUUGGUUUUCUCUAUUUCCUAUCUCUCUUCACUCAGUUUGACGAUAUAUUUCGCUGUCUUUGCAAAAUCAUACAUUGGAGUAUUAGUUGCAGGUCUCGUACAGGUAGCUGCUCUAUUGACUUACAUCUUCCAAUACUUCCCUGGUGGUCUCACAACACUCAAAUUCGGUAGUAGAAUGGCUUUCAGAGGUGCUAGCAAUCUGCUUCCUAUAUAGAUAAACUAGUAAUUAUCCUAAUCUAAUUAUAUGUAAUACAUUUGUAAAAAUUCAUCUUUAUGUUGCAAUCAUGAC